UGUUCUGAUUCGAUGGUUUUUAUUUCACCUUGUAGGGAGUAUACUCACAAUGCUUUUACUUCCCGGUUAUCUCCCUGCGAAAAUUGAAAGUUAUAUUCUUCAAGGAAUGUUAUGUUGCUUACCAUGUGCGCACGGAUGGAAAGUCUGUUUCGGAGCCGAAGGAUAUAACUUUACUAAUCUUACAAAAUGUCUUAAAGACUAUUGCUAUCUUUUGUUAUUAUUUGGAGGAAUAAUGGAUUCAACAUUCACAAGCAGUUCUCGUCAAUGAAACGACAGGAGGAAGCGUUUGGGGAACACAUUGGAAUACCAAAUUUGUUACAUACUUCAGAUUUUUAUAUACAUUCCUGAGUACAUUUCAUGACUGUGACGUCAGAACGAAUGCUGAUUCAUUUACGAAUAUAAUUCAUCCUCUUCAAAAAUUCUGAGUGACGAUGGGGCCGCGCCGAACCCUGGCCAAGCUAACCUGCAUCACCAUUCUGGUAUUUGGAUUCAUCUGUGGAAUUCUCAACUUCCAACAUUUAUGGAACAUAGAGACCGAGAUCCCUCGAACUCGCCUGUCUCUCUCGAGAAAGACGGGACGUGGAAAACUUCUCCAGAAAAAAGACCAUAGUUUGGACAGCGGUAGUGAGAGUUGGCUGAACUUCCCAAGUCUGCGGGUGGAAAAGAGGCCCGCUGGCGGAAAUGAGAUGGAUGAGGGUGCAGAAGAAGAGGAUAUCAUGAAACUCCGUGAGGAUGUAGAAAUAGCCCUUCUAAGGCUGGAGAUGGCAAAAAGGUUGAGGCACCGAGAUGUUUCCAUUAAAUAUCCGGGUAAGGUUGGGCAGGCGAAAUUGAAAGCGGCGUAUACUUCUGAGGAAAAAUCACCCAAUACCGAUCACUUGCAUCAGAGGACUGAACAGCACGAUACCAGGAAACAUGAAAUACAUCACAAUGAUUUAGGUAUAGAUAAAUUAUUCAAAAAAGUAAAUACUAUUGAUGAUUAUUUAGAAAAGGAGGAAGAUGCUGUUAUCAAGGAUGACCCUAAUCUCAAUGCGGAUGUUGAACGAACUGUGCCUGUUUUGCAUGUUAAACGUUACGUGGACGAGCCUGUGGACCCACAUGAGUACAACUAUAUUUACAAUCCAUCUCAUGUCUGUUUAGACAAAGAUGGACGUCCUCAGAGUGUCUUUAUAAUCUUCCUGGUAGUCACCGCACCAGGACACUUCCAGAGGAGGAAUGUCGUCAGGCACACCUACGGUGACCAGAAACAAUGGCCUGCCCUGAAGAGAGGGAUCUUCGCCACGGUGUUCCUUCUAGGGAAGACCUUCAACGCUACCCUGCAGAGGAUGAUAGAUGAAGAGGCCCGGAAACACAACGACAUUCUCCAGGAGGACUUCAUUGAUACCUAUGCGAACCUCUCCCGGAAGACGGUGAUGGGAUUGAAGUGGGUGACAAAUCACUGUCGUCACGCGUAUUUCGCCAUGAAGAUAGACGACGACUCCAUGAUUAACCAGGGUCGGUUUCUCUGGAUCUUCAAGGAAUCAUCGUUCACCAACUGGACAGCCUCCGAGACCAUGUGGGAAGCACCCGUGUUGCGUAGCAACUUAAGCAAGUACUACAUCUCCAAGGAAUACUACCCCGCCCCCAAAUACCCACCGUACAUGAACGGUCCUGGCUAUGUGAUGUCGUCGGACUUGGUUGAAGCAGGGUACCACAUGGCUCUCAAGACACCCCUCUUUCCGUGGGAAGAUGUCUUCCUAGGAACGUGCUUCAAGAAGAUGGGGUUCAAGCCAGUUAAGCAUAAACGCUUCUUGUGGAUAUCAGACCCUGGAUUUUUCACUGGUAACAGCGAAAGGACCAUCGUCACAUCGAUACGUUCCUAUGUUGUGGUAUCAAACCUUCACCCAGAUACCAUGAAGUUUGUUUGGUUUACGUGCAAGAUCAAAUUAAUCAAACCGAGGUGAUGCUUUUGCCCUUAGCCUUCAACUCAAUGCAAUGUUAUCAAAUAAUUCAAUGUUUUUGUAUUCAGCACCAGCGCCUUUGAGAUAUUGUGUCUUCAAUUAUUAUCUUCGGCACGUUAAGUUGCCAUGGAUCAAUGUCCAGGGAUUUUGCUCAGUUUUGCGUUACUGCAACAUCCGGCUUUCGCAUCCGUUACCAUAGUUAUCUAGCAAUAUCAUGGAUCAGUGUAUCUAUACUUCCUUGAUUUAACAUGCUUGAUAAACAUAAUGGAAGAUAAAUUUAUUUAAGGUGAUGAUGGUGACGAAUGAUGAUGAUGUUGAAUAUUACCCAAGUAAGAAUUUUGAUGAAGGUUUGCCAAUGUACAGACAGUAUUCACUUUAACAGGUUAAUGUGAACUGUAUUAACAAUAACCACUGCAGAUUUGUUGUUAUCGGGUAUCAACACCAAUAGAGUUUUAGUUAAGUAUUAUUAUUAUUAAUAUUAUUAUUAUUUUUUUAUUAUUAUCAUUAUUAUUAUUAUUGUUAUUAUUAUUAUUAUUAUAAAGUCUUGCUUAUCCAGGAUAGCCUCAUUAGUGAUGUAAACUGUUCUCCCAGAGUGCCCUGCUGCAUUUUAACACAUACAAAAGAAAACAAAGCAAAGGACAACAAAAUUAGAACGGUACAAACAGAAUAAAGUUGUAUUUUAGAUGUAUAGAGGUCAUAGAUAUAGUUAUUCUCAUUAUCAUAAUAAUUUCAAUAAUAUUUUUCUUUUGAUAAUUGCAAUAAUUUCCUAUCAAAAUCAGACAGAUAUGAG